GACAACGUAUUAUAAUACGUCACUAGACUAAGCAGUGUUUCUAGCUUCGUAUUUACAACAAUUGAGAACUAUCUAGACGUGCUAGCUACGAUUUUCUGACAAGUUUGAAGAUGGUUUGCGAGAAGUGUGAGAAGAAACUGGGGCGAGUCAUCACGCCUGAUACCUGGAAAGAUGGGGCUAGAAACACAACAGAGAGUGGUGGUCGAAAGCUUAAUGAAAAUAAAAUGCUGACUUCAAAAAAAGCCAGGUUUGAUCCUUAUGGCAAAUCUGGGUUUGCCACAUGCAGAAUAUGCAAAAGCUCCGUCCAUCAGUCUGGUUCACAUUACUGUCAAGGAUGUGCUUACAAAAAAGGAAUUUGCGCCAUGUGUGGGAAGAAGGUUAUUGACACCAAGAACUACAAACAGACCUCAGUUUGAUUUAGUAUUUGUUGCUGGAGAUUGAGUUGGGAAUGUUUGUGGUUGACUUCCAAGUGUUGAGAAUGGUCGUUUUAGUUCACGAAAGAGUUCAGCUUGCGGCAAAGUGCUGUGAAAGAAGUGCACUAGUUUAUGACUGUAUUUAUAUUAAAAUGUCAGUGGUAUUUUUCUCUCACUUUACAACUUUAGAGCAAUAUAUUGGCUUGUACUGUUUGGACAAUGUAGAUGCCUUCUUUGAGUACAUUUGCAAGGGAACAUGUUUUAUAAAUGUUCUUAUUCAUUUAGAACCUUUUUUUUUUUUAAAAAAAAAAGUAAAUAAGUAAAUAAUUUAUCAUUUUUAAUACUACUGGACAUGAUUACAACAGUUAGGCCAUUUAUUAAAAAUUAGUUCUGUUCAUGGCAAUUUAUUGCCCUUUUUUACUUACUUCGCCAUUGGACCUUACCAAAGUCUAGACUUUGACUUUUAAAUGUUACCUCUUCCCACAAAGAAAAAAAUGUAUAUCUAUCUCGUUUGAAGUGAUAUUUCAUCUACUGUUUCCAAAGCAGCGUCACUAUUACAGAUUCUAAUGUAAAUAUGAAAUAAGUAGAGAGUGAGAUGCCAAUAUAAGACGGCUACAAGUUCAGUGUACAGUGAUGUUUAUAGCUUGUCUCCGCUUCUUAUUCCUCCACCGCUGGUUCUUUUUGUCAACACUGUUGUGGGUGUUUUCUGGAGAUCUGUUUCCUUUUUUCAGUGAUCAUUUGGAAAUACAUAGUUCUUGAUUUCAUGUCUCACAUACUUGUAGGAUAAUAGAGGUUGCAGAGAACAACUGUUG